AUGUCAAAACUUUAUAAUGAUUCAUUUAUAUAUUGUUGUACUACUAAAGUUAUAGAUAUACAUUCAAUUGAUAAAACAUGGUUAUUUGAACUUGCUGAUCUUUAUUUCUGUCCUUAUUGUCAAUGUCCAAAACUGAAGUAUGAAAUUAUUCCAAGAGUACAUUCAAAAUUUUGUAGUAAUUGUCUAACUGAUUAUACUUCAAAACCAGAUAUGAUGAGAUGUAUUAAGAAUUGUUUUAUCUGUCCUUUAUGCUCGAGCAGUAUGGGUAUUAAAAUGAUGGAUCACGAUUCCAAUGGUAAAUCAUUUGAAUUUUCUUGUCAAUUUUGUGACUAUAAUUAUGAUACUGGUGUUGUUUAUAAGCCUAAAUCAUUACAUGGUAUAAUUGAAGAACUUAAGACGGACACGUUUAUUAGAAAAUGUAAACAAAUUUUGAAAAUGGCUGAUAAAACAGAAGAAUUGUCGGAGAGAGUGAGAAUGAAUCUUAAAUUGAGUCAAUUGGACAAAAAAGAGGAGGCGGAAUCAUUGAUUGACGAGUUUGAGAUUGCACAAUAUCCAAUAGGUAAAAUUUUAACUUUGAAGAAGAGUAUAAGGUGUCUGACUUGUCGAAAUUUAUUACUUGAUUACAUGGAAUCAGAACCAACGAUAAAUAAAUUUCAAAUCAAAUUUAACGCAAUUGAUUAUCUACCAACCACAUCACUUACAAAGUUAAAGUCUAAUGUGUAUCUACUACAUUUUGUCAACCCACUAGAUGUUAAAAUGAGUGCUAAAAUUUCAAGUAUUUCGCAAAUUGUGCUUUCCAAUUUUGAAUUUUCACUUGGUGCUUCAACAAGUAGUUUUAUAAAAGGUAUACCUAGUGCUUACCUAUCUUUGAAUAAUUCAACAGCUAAAUCAGAAUUAAUUCUACGAAAAGGUGAUAAAUUGUACAAUAAAAUUGAAGAUGGUGAGAUUGAGGAGAAUUUGGAUCGGUUUAUUGAGGUUGGAGUCAAUUGGAUAUCUAUUCCUAUCAUUAUAGAGGAUGAUAGUCUAAAAACGGUUCCUAUUUAUGUUACUUUAAAGACUGAACAACCUCCAAAGGGUUUGGAAAGAGUCAUAAAUGGGUUGAAUGCUGGUUAUUGGAACGUUUUGAAGGUUCCUAAAUAG